AUGUCGACAAUACUAAAGCUGUUUCAACCGCUCCAGCCUAAGCAUGAAGACACUGGCUGUAAGAUAACUGUCGUUGGAGCUGGCCAAGUCGGUAUGGCUGCGGUCUUCUCGAUGCUUACCCAGGGAGUUUCAAACAACAUUGCUAUAGUAGAUGUGAUGGCGGAAAAGCUUCGAGGAGAAAUGAUGGAUCUUCAACAUGGAUCGGCUUUUAUGAAUAAUGCCAAGAUUAAUGCUAGCACCGAUUAUGCAAUUACUGCUGGGUCAAAGAUUUGUGUGGUGACUGCUGGUGUCCGGCAGCGAGAAGGAGAGACUCGGCUCGAUCUGGUGCAAAGAAAUACUGACAUCUUAAAAGUCAUCAUCCCAAAACUCCUAGAACAUAGCCCUGACACAAUCUUCCUGAUUGCCAGUAAUCCGGUAGAUAUUUUGACUUACGUCACGUGGAAAAUCAGCGGGCUCCCAAAGCAUAGAGUUAUUGGUUCAGGAACGAACCUCGAUUCUGCAAGAUUUAGAUAUCUUCUCUCUGAAAGACUCAGUAUUGCAACAACCUCCUGCCACGGUUAUAUUAUUGGAGAGCACGGGGAUAGUAGUGUGCCAGUAUGGUCGGGUGUCAACAUCGCUGGUGUUAGACUCAGUGAUAUGAAUCCUGAGAUUGGAACUGACAAAGACUCUGAAAGCUGGAAGGAUCUCCACGAUAUGGUGGUAAAAAGUGCGUACGAAGUAAUCAAAUUGAAGGGAUACACAUCAUGGGCCAUUGGAUUGUCGCUUUCACAGUUGUGUUAUGCAAUACUAACAAACGCAAAUAGCGUGCACGCAGUGACAACAUAUGUGAAGGGUGAACACGGAAUCGAGCAGGAAGUGUUUUUGUCUCUGCCAUGCGUUUUGGGCUCUAGUGGCGUAUCGGAUGUGAUACGACAACGGUUGACCGAAAAUGAACAGACCCAAUUUCGCAAAUCGGCUGAAAUGAUGGCAAAAGUUCAGUCGGGAAUAAAGUUUUGA